UUUUCAGACAUACAAGACUUUGUUAAUUUAGAGUUAGUGAGCAAAAAAUAUCAAGACAACAUGGAAAAGUUCAAUUACAACCCGAUUCCAUUAACAAAGAAAACGAUUGCUUAUUUUCCUAACAUCGAAACAUUAAACUUAUGGAGCACAGAAGAUGAGAGCUUUGGUAUUUCAAUAACUCAAACUUCGAACAAAGGUCUUUCCUUUCUAUUUAAAAACUCAACCAAACACUAUAAGUUUCAAAAAAUUGUCGUGUGGUUUGAAGUCGACGUGAAAACAGCAAGCAAAAAUACCAACCCAAAAAUUCAAUACAAAAACGUACCAUUUCGAUCAUAUGAUUGCACAAAAAACACAGAAAAAAUAGCAGCAAUAGUCACUUCACUUUAUGAAAACUGCUAUUCUAACUGUGAAAAAAUUCGCAAUAUUGUUAUUCCGCCGAGUGUCACAUCAAUAGGUGAAUACUGUUUUAAUAAUUGUAGUUUUCUAAGUAAUGUAAUUAUACCCUCAAGUGUUGUUACUGUUGGUAAUCACUCUUUCGAUAAGUGUUUCAGUCUAACAAGUGUUUCAAUUCCAUACAGUGUCGUCUCUAUUGGUAAUUUUUGUUUCAACGAAUGUACUAGUUUGUGCGCAGUGACUCUAUCAGCAAGUACUUUAAGACUUGGAGAUUUUUGUUUCAACAAGUGUUCCAAUUUGAGUCAAAUUAAACUUCCUUCCACUUUAAAAACGUUCAAUUCUUUAUAUCACAACAACUGUGGAAAUUUGGAGGAUUUUGAUCAAAUAAAAGAGUCUGGAAAAGAAGUCUCUUUUAUUGGACCAAAUAUACCAAAUCCGUAUAUCAUUUGGGUGUAUUGUUUUGUACUCUUUCCUAAACAAAUCAGUGAAGAACCUUUAUUCACACAAUAUGGGUCUUUAUAUGAUUUAAUGAGAAAUAAAAAUUCGUAUGAUAUCGACACUAUAAUGAAAGUAAAAUUGAUGUUGGAUACCGCUAAAGGGUUGUCGUAUCUUCACGAAUUUGGAUUUGUACACUGCAAGUUGUCGUCGUUUCAUGUGUUUGUCAAUUCACUUGAUUUUAAAGACGAUGUGAAUGGAAAGUUAACUGUAUUUAACAAUUAUAAAGAUCUUUAUUGUUUAUUGAAAAAUGUUGAUAAUGGAUUUGAACCGUCAGUGGGUUCUGGGAUACCAGUUUAUAUGGCACCGGAAUUAACCGACUCUAAACCCACGACGGCUUCUGACGUGUUUGCAUUUGCAAUUAUCAUUUUGGAGUGUUUAACAUGGAAAAAUGCAUAUAACGAGAAACAAUUUAAAUAUCCAUCAAAGAUUAUUGGUUUUGUUAGAAAUGGAAAUCGACUUCCUAUUGAUAUUGAUAAUGACGACAUAAAUAAUUUAAUAGAAGACAUGUGGAAACAAGAAUCACAAUAUAGACCAAAUAUUAAUACCGUUGUAGAUAGACUUAUAAAAAUCUAUAAUGAAUUCAACUGA